AUGGAAUUGUCUGAAGUUCGAUGUUCCAGUGCAAGCGAAGAACUCUACACCAUCAACAGGACACCAACCAGCAACAGCAGCACGCGACCCAAAAGGUUGUUGUGGCAGAACGCGGUUCGACACAUCACUGAGCAGAGGUUCAUCCAUGAGCAGAGCGAAGCGAAAGGCAUCACACCAGAUGAGCACUACGACCAAAGCCUACGGAAACAGUCUGCGGGUAGGACCUCGGUAGGCGACAGACACAACAAUGGGGGAACCAAAGUCUUCCCCGAGCGUGCGAGCAGUGACCUAGGAUUUCUCCAAAUCGAUUGCGCUCCGAGCAACUCAGACUUUUUCUUGAACUGGGGCUACACAUACAGAGGCGUAAUAUUCCCCACUCUACGCAAUUCUUUCAAAUCUCGGGACCUCGAGCGUCUGUACCAACUCUACUUUUUGGGCCAGAGGCGCAAAUCAGUGGUGGUGAUGAACAUUUUGGAUGUGGUGACCAAACUAACCCUGUUGGUUUUACAUUUAACUCUUGCGUCUUCGCCAAUGGAUCCCAUCAAAGGAAUGCUCUUGGGCUUUUUCACUGGCAUCGAAGUGGUCAUUUGUGCCUUAGUGGUAGUCCGAAAAGACACGACCUCUCACAGCUAUCUGCAAUACAGCGGCGUGGUGACGUGGGUGGUCAUGGCCACGCAGAUUUUGGCGGCUGGAUUGGGCUACGGACUUUUGGGAGACGGAGUCGGAUACGUGCUUUUCACCCUCUUUGCCACUUACAGUAUGCUUCCCUUGCCUCUCACUUGGGCUAUUCUGGCUGGUUUGGCCACCUCAACCCUCCACAUUGUUGUACAGCUAUUCAUCUCCCCAAAUGCACAGCUCUCCACAAAUCAGGUGGUGGCCCAGGCAGUGUUGUUCAUGUGUAUGAACACGGCUGGGAUCUUCAUCAGCUACCUGUCGGACCGUGCCCAGCGCCAGGCCUUCCUGGAGACCAGGAGGUGCAUCGAGGCCAGGCUCCGUCUGGAGACAGAGAACCAGAGACAGGAAAGGCUGGUGUUGUCCGUUUUACCCCGGUUUGUGGUAUUGGAGAUGAUCAACGACAUGACAAAUGUGGAUGACGAGCACCUCCAGCACCAGUUUCACAGAAUCUAUAUCCAUCGCUAUGAGAAUGUCAGCAUACUUUUCGCAGACGUCAAAGGAUUCACGAACCUCUCGACGACGCUAUCGGCACAAGAGCUGGUGCGGAUGUUGAACGAGCUCUUUGCACGCUUCGACCGUCUAGCCCACGAGCACCAUUGUCUGAGGAUUAAGAUUUUAGGAGACUGCUACUACUGUGUGUCCGGUCUUCCUGAACCCCGACAGGACCACGCUCAUUGCUGUGUAGAGAUGGGCCUCAGCAUGAUUAAGACAAUCAGAUAUGUAAGAUCACGCACAAAGCAUGACAUCGACAUGCGAAUCGGGAUUCAUUCGGGAUCGGUCCUGUGUGGGGUGCUGGGACUGAGAAAGUGGCAGUUUGACGUGUGGUCGUGGGACGUGGACAUCGCCAAUAAGCUGGAGUCAGGGGGGAUCCCUGGACGAAUCCACAUCUCCAAGGCGUCCCUGGACUGCCUGAAUGGUGACUACGAGGUAGAGGAGGGCCAUGGCAAGGACCGCAACGAAUUCUUGCGCCGCCACAACAUCGAGACGUACCUGAUCAAGCAGCCCGAGGAGAGCCUACUCACGCUGCCCGAGGACAUCAUGAAGGAGGCGACCAGCACCGACCGACGCGUCAGCAGCACCACCUUCAACCAGGGCUCCUGGAGUCCCGAGCUGCCCUUCGACAACAUCGUGGGCAAGCAGAAUACUCUGGCUGCCCUAACAAGAAAUUCUAUAAAUCUGCUUCCAAACCAUCUUGCACAAGCUUUGCAUAUCAACUCUGGUCCUGAGGAAAUUAACAAAGGAAUAGAGAGUGCCAUCGACUUACGGAGUGGUGAUAAGUUGAGAAGAGAGCAUAUCAAGCAUUUCUCACUGAUGUUUAAAGACUCCAGACUGGAAGAAAAGUAUUCCCAAAUGAGGGACGAAGUGUUCAAGUCCAACCUGGUGUGCGCCUUCAUCGUGCUCAUCUUCAUCACGGCCAUUCAGAGCCUGCUGCCUUCUGCCAGGAUGGUUACCAUGGUGAUCCAGUUUUCAGUGCUCAUCGUCCUGCACUCAUUCCUAGUCCUGGUGACCACGGCGGAGGACUACAAGUGUCUGCCGUUGGUCCUGCGAAAGUCCUGCUGCUGGAUCAAUGAGACCUACAUGGCCCGCAACGUCAUCGUCUUUGUCUCCAUCCUCAUCAACUUCCUGGCGGCCAUGAUCAACAUUCUGUGGUGUGAUUUUGACAAGUCCAGCACCUUCAGCAACCAGACCUUCAACACAUCCACCACCAUCCCUGACAUCUGCUUCUACCCUGAGUAUUUUGUGUUCACGGGGGUGCUCGCCAUGGUGACGUGCGCGGUGUUCCUGCGACUGAACUCGGUCCUAAAGCUCGCUGUGCUCCUGGUCAUGAUUGCUAUCUACUCCCUGCUCACUGAAGCCUUCUACACCUCCCUGUUUUUACGCUACGACUAUGUCCACCACAACACAGAAAAUUUCCUUGGGACCAAAGAGACCUCCUUGCUUCUGAUGGCUAUGUUCCUCCUUGCUGUAUUUUACCACGGGCAGCAGCUGGAAUACACUGCCCGGCUGGAUUUCCUCUGGCGUGUCCAGGCCAAGGAGGAGAUCAACGAGAUGAAGGAGCUCCGGGAACACAACGAGAACAUGCUCCGGAAUAUUCUGCCAAGUCACGUUGCCCGCCAUUUCCUGGAGAAGGAUCGGGAUAAUGAGGAGCUUUACUCCCAGUCUUACGAUGCUGUGGGUGUGAUGUUCGCCUCCAUCCCGGGCUUUGCCGACUUCUACUCCCAAACAGAGAUGAACAACCAAGGAGUGGAGUGUCUGCGCCUCCUCAACGAGAUCAUUGCCGACUUUGACGAGCUGCUUGGUGAGGAACGAUUCCAGGACAUUGAGAAGAUUAAGACUAUCGGCAGCACCUACAUGGCAGUCUCCGGACUGUCACCAGAAAAACAACAAUGUGAGGACAAGUGGGGUCAUCUGUGUGAGCUGGCCGACUUUGCCAUCGCCCUGAACGAGAGCAUCCAGGAGAUCAACAAGCACUCCUUCAACAACUUUGAGCUAAGAAUUGGCAUGGCACACGGCUCGGUGGUGGCGGGUGUGAUCGGCGCCAAGAAGCCCCAGUACGACAUCUGGGGCAAGACAGUGAACCUGUCGAGCCGCAUGGACAGCACAGGCGUGAGUGGCAAGAUCCAGGUGCCUGAGGACACCUACCUGAUCCUGAAGGAGCGAGGCUUCGCCUUCGAGUACCGUGGCGAGAUCUACGUGAAAGGCAUCAGCGAGCAGGAGGGCAAGAUCCGCACACACUUCCUGAUGGGCCGUGUGCAGCCCAACCCGCUCAUCAUGCAGCCGCGCAAGCUCCAGGGCCAGUACUCGCUGGCGGCCGUGGUGCUGGGCCUGGUCCAGUCGCUCAACCGACAAAAGCAGAAGCAGAUCCUGAACGAGAACAACAACUCGGGCAUCAUGAAGGGCCAUCACCACUACAACAGGAGGACGUUGCUGGCCCCUGGGGGGGCAGAGGUUGGCCAUGCCGAAGUGGCAGAUAAGACUGAGUUGCCCUGAGUAGGCCCGCUGCAAAAAGGAAGGGAGGGAGGGGACUUGACAGGACUGUGCUUUCUGUUUUCAUCCGCCCUCAUUGCAUCGAUUUGUCCAUUCAUCCAUCUGUCCAGCCAUCCAUCUAUCUAUCCUUCUGACAAUUCAAUGUUCUGCCUACUAUACCC